CUCCAGCGGGACCACCAGUCGCAUCCUCGAGUUCCCUCGAGACGGUACCUGCGAAAAACUCCUUCUCUGCCUGAGACUUGUGAAAGUGAACGUCCGAUUCUCGUCGUCUUCGCGCCUCCUCCGGUGGACACUAUGACGUCCUUUAGGACGUUCUUCGGCCUGAUUGUCGUGGGAGUAUUGUGGAGUUGCAUUCUGGGUCUUCAGCGGCCUCCGCCGAGAUAUUCUCAGCAGUACAUGCCGGAAACAUCGUUCACCUGUCGCAAUAAGAUCGUCGGCAGCUACUACGCCGACCCCGAGACGGACUGUCAGCUCUUCCACGUUUGCGUCUCUGUAGCAGGCACCGUGCAAGACUACAAGUUCCUGUGUCCAAACGACACAGCCUUCGACCAGGAGAGUCAGACCUGCGCGGAUUGGUACGACGUGGAUUGCGAAGCUGCCACGUUGUACUACGCUAGUGACAACUUUGACCUGUACCGAAUAGGUUCAGGACUCGAAUCUUUGCACUACGACAGCAUCCGUACGGAUGCCGAGCCCCAGGACCAUCUCCAGCGGAGCGAGACCAAUGAUCCCGUGCGAUCUUCGGCGAAUUCUCUAACCAGGGUGUCGUCCAACAACUACAACGCUAAUGGCAACACCAAGAACAAGGACGUAGCUCGUGGCAGUAACACUGGGGCCUUCUACAACAACCGCAACGCCGCCAAGGACGAGGAUUACGACAACGAGAAAGUGUACCGCGAGGAGCCGAUACCGGAGAGGAAGAAGACGGGGGUCAGGAAGAUAGCGAGGAAGCAACAAUACAACAGCAACGGCAACAACAACGACUUCUUUUCCUCCAGCACGGCAGCACCAGCCAGCCCUAGCUAUUACAACGCAAACAAUUACAACCAGCGACAACGUACGUCGUUCCCAUCCUCGACAACCGUGAGGCCAUCCAGCCAACAACAGGAACAUUUCAGCACGAACGUGAAUCAGAAAUUCACAGUGUCGUCCUCGACCUACCGCCCGACCACGGUGUUCCAGGAGACAUACAACAACUAUCAGUCGCCCAGUUCUACCGCCAAGAGUACCGAGUACAACAAUUUUAACAACGCGUACAAUGGUAACCAGAAUUUCAACGGGUUCAACCAGAGUCCGAGCACAACCGCGAAGCCGGUGAGCUACAACAACAAGAAUUACAACGACCAAGCGAGUUUCGCUAAUCAGUUCAGCCAGCAGGUGCAUAGUCAGUCUACAACCCUGGCUCCGAGUACUAACUACAGGGCCAGUGAUUAUACAACGUUUCAGCAACGAAACUACAACAAUAUCCAGAGAACCACGGCCUCGGCAGGGUACUCUACUACGACAGCCGCCCCUACAUUCUAUGACAACCAUAAUGUUAACGCAAAUGACGCUCAAUACAACAGACCCGCCGCUCAGACCACGAGGAAGGAUAUCGUCCAGACAACGCAGAAAUAUCUAACGAAUAAUUAUGCAGCUAGUAGCUACGUCCCCACUACGUACAGCCCCCUUACAACGAAGAAACUGAUCAACACCGAGAACAACGCGAGAGGCGGCGAUCGGUACAAUGCCCAGAAUAAUGAUAACGGGCAGUAUUUCGAUAAGUCCGCUCAGGCCAAGUCCACGCAAUUCUACGACACCACGAAAGCCCCGAAAAAGGCGACGCAAUACAACUAUGACAACAAAUACUACGAAACGAGCACCGGAAAUUAUGACAACUACGAUUUCGGAAGGUCGCCCUCGGGGAUUGGGUUCAGUCCGUCUAGCAUCAACCACCUUGCGGAAUCGCCCAGGUCUACAACUCCAGUUCCCAGGAGAACCGGUGCCCCCAGCACGUACAACCCGAACACCUUCGUCAGUACCCAGAGGCCACAGGCUGCGCAGACGACGCCUCGAAGCACCACCUACGUCAGCGGUUCUGCAAGACCUUUCUCGACGACGGCGAGAUUCUCCGAAGCGACCACGCCCAAGCCCAAGACCGGAAAGAAGAACGAUUACGAUUACGCGUACUACGACAAUGUUGGUACCUUAGAGUACGACGGUCUCGACCUGGAACACGUGACCGGCAACAAGGAGUCCGCCAAGAUCUCGAGGAAUUGAAUUCCCGGCUCCGCACUGAGAGAAAUGUAGGCCCCGACUAAAAGUCCUACAAAAACAAGCGGGAGGGAACGCCCUCGUUAGCAAAAGCCACGAACUAAACGGCAUUCGGAUACGUUACCGGGGAAGCGACGUCAGGGGAACGUUUCUCGGUUUGUUUAUGCGGAUUUUUUUUUGCGUACAUAUACAUUGGCAUUGUUACAAAGUUGCGUCAUUGGUCAAAGCUUGAAAAUAGUGUACGAAACUAUCAAUUUCGCGUGCGAUAUUUGAUUGUAUGACGUUGAGAAUCGAGCCCCUGUUCUCGCGCUCUACCAAAGCGUCAGUCAGGGCGGCCAUUUGCAUUUUUCUGAGUGCACAGCUCCGGGUCUCAAGUUCCUCAGGAAGCGGAUAAUCGGCUUCUU